CCUGCCAGCCAGGAGGAGCCCGAUGCAGAAAACCCACAUCGCUACUUAUUGGGGAAAAGUAGAACACCUGCUCUGAAUGCAGAAGCCUUCUCCAGGUAGGCCAGGAAGGGAACUAGUGUCUGGCUCUGUGACCAGAAGCCAUUUCUGGAUUAUCUGCAACCUGGAGGAAUCAAGAAUAAUAAUGCCCUUUCUCCACGGCUUCCGCCGGAUCAUCUUUGAGUACCAGCCGUUGGUUGACGAGAUCUUGGGAUGUUUGGGCUUGCAGGAUCCUGAACGGCAGGAAACGCUGGAGAGUCCCAGCGAUGUGGUUGAAGAUGACAGCAGACUUCUGGCCCUUCAUGAUCUUCUGGAGAGAGAGGGCCAUUCACCCUUUUACCAGGAAGGCGUGAGCUAUGCGUUGCUGAAAGUGGCCGAACUGGGCCUGGUCCAUGCUGCCGAAACCCUCCUGCACGGUGGAGCAGACGUCUUCUUUGAAGAUCCCGUCACUUACUACACGGCUUUGCAUAUCGCAGUGCUCCGGAACCAGCCAGACAUGGUUGAGCUCCUGGUGCAGCGGGGAGCGGAUAUUAAUCGAAGAGACCGGAUUCACGAAAGCAGCCCUCUAGACCUAGCUAGCGAAGAGCCGGAACGCCUCCCUUGCCUGCAGCGCCUUUUGGAGCUCGGAGCUGACAUCAACGCAGCCGAUAAACAUGGAAAGACAGCUUUACUCCACGCUCUGGCCAGCAGCGACGGGGUCCAGAUCCACAAUACGGAAAACAUCCGCCUUUUGUUGGAAGGAGGAGCCAAUGUCAAGGCCACAACGAAAGAUGGCGAUUCGGUCUUCACUUUCAUCAUCUUCCUCCUCGGAGAGACGGUGGGAGGCGACGAGGAAGAGGCCAGGAUGAUCAAUCGCUUCUGCUUCCAGGUGACGCGGCUGCUGAUGGCCCAUGGGGCCAACCCCAGCGAGUGCCCGUCCUACGAGUCCCUCACCCACCUCUGCCUGAAGAGCUUCCGGCUCCACUUCCCCCUCCUGCGUUUCAUCCUGGAGUCGGGGGCGGCCUACAAUUGCUCCCUCCAUGGCCCUUCCUGUUGGUCGGGCUUCGACAUCAUCUUUGAGCGGCUGUGCUCCCACCUGAGCGAGUCCGAGGACGACAGCUUCUCCGUUGACCUCCUGCAGAAGGCCGAGGCGGCGCUGGAGAUGAUGGCGUCAAGCGCGCAGACCUUGCGGCUGCCGAGCAACUUUGAGAUCGACCUGAGCACCUGCCGCUUCCACAGGGAGAAGAUCCGGGCCCUCUUCAGCGCCUUGAAGCAGCGGGAGCACUCCCCACCCAGUCUGAAGCACCUCUGCCGGGUCUACCUGCGGCAGCGUCUCAGGCCCUGGCCGGUAGAGGUGAAGGUCAAGGCUCUGCCCCUGCCGGACAGGUUAAAAAGGUAUCUCCUCAUUGACCAGAGCACUUCCGGGGAAGAGGUCAUCUGAGCUGGAGUGGACCAAGACGAGUCGUGCCGCUCUCUCCAGGCUUUCUCAUCGUCCAGACCAACUAACUGUAGAGGUGGGCACUGGUUCAGUCUUGGCAGAGUUCACAGAACGAUCACCUGUGGUGUUUCCGCGUCAUUCCCUCAUCGGCGCUCACGCUGGCCUUUUGCCUCACUUCUUACCACUUUUGAUGGCUCAGAAUCGGCAGCUAAGCCACUGAUGAUUUGGAAGGGGGGGGAGCCUUUUUUUUUUUUCGAGCUGCACCUCGACCAAAAGGAAUUCAGCUCAGCAUCCACAGAAGGCUGGAGACCUCCCUCCCUCUAGACCAAUCUCCCUAGCAACUCCUUAGCCACCCAUUCCAAGCUUCUGGCUUCUGGGAGAGAGAGAAUGAGAUCUGCUCCUCGAGGCCAUUAAAAAAACAACACGUGUCUGCACCAUUGUAAUUUGUGUUUUAAAGACAAAAGACCGAUUAGGAGCAAAGGGGCGGUGUUAACGCUCUGCAGCAACAUACUGUGCCAAGGUGGGUGCCACAACUGCAAACACAUGUUGGUGUGUGAGAUUGUGCCUUGCUUUCCAGAUUUGGCGCUUCUCCCUUUUUUUAAAAAAAAAAAGAGAGAAGAUGCUAGUCCUGAUGAGGUUGCAUAAAUGCUUAAGAGGAACUUCCCUCUGGGUAAAGCCACACAGGGAUACUGCCUCCCUCUCCUGUACCCCCACACAUUGUAGAGGUUCAGUUUUAUCUGCUUCUUGCCAAACUCAAUUUAAUCUUAAAAUCGAAAGAGAAUAAAUGCAUGUGGCUCGCCUAUGCUAGUCCCGAGUCACCAGCAGCGCCCAGUGGCCCAACCAAAUGACUAUUGUGGUGUAUUUUUAAAUGCAGUAUGAUGGCGGUGGUUGUAAGCAGCCUGUAACACUGGCAGGGCCACCCUGUCAAUCAUCUGCCAUCAUGCUGAUGGAUGGGCAAUCCUGUCCACCUGUUAAAUGUUUGGCCCAGGGGAUGGGGGAAGGGGUUUGCCUGACCAGCACAUCCCCUGCAGGCGAAAAAGUCUCCCAGCAGGACUGGCUCCCGCACACACACCCUUGCCGGCAUCACCCAGACACAGCAGCUGGUUAACAGGUGGGUCAUGAUUUGGGGAACAAGGCCACGCAUGCCAAAUUGGACCCUUCUGGUGUGCUAAGACUGGCCUGUGGCCCAAAGGCUCCCCCCCUCGAUAGAAGUGGCGAUGGUGAUGAGCACACCACCAAUUGGGGGGGGGUGCCAUUAUACUAAGCACAAAUAAUCAUGAUUUGAGGCGUGUGUUGAUGGCCAAAGUUUCCCCACCUACAUCCUCUGAAAAGGUUGAACUGACCAGAUGGUGCCUACACAGAGACUAACAACUGUUUCCAGGGCAAUGGUUUUUAGGGGUGGGAGGAAGCCCCUACCCUCUCCAUGUACUAUAACCCUGAUUUUGAUUUCCCACCCAACCCAACAACUUAAGAAUUAAAAGAGAGAGAAGUUGAACAAUACCUUGUGCAUCUCAGCAGUUUAGAUCUUAACUGCGUGGGUGGGUCAGUGAUGGGGGCUCUCUAGGGCCAGGGGUUCCCAAACCGCGGCCCGUGAGCUUCACCCAGGUGGCUGAACGCCCGCCCGUUAGAUAUUCAUAUUUUUAAAGUGCAUCUGUAUUGCUUCUUUGAUCUCUUACAUUGCAUUUUGCAGAUUUACAGGUUGCGCUCCACAGAAUUCAAAAUGCAAUACAAAUUGAAGAAGCAAUACAGAUACAAUUAAGCCUCAUACAACAUCUACCACAGCAUGUCAAAAUCUGCUCACGGCCAGAGUUCGAUUCCAACGGAAGGAGGGAGUCGAAUCUCCGGUAAAAGGGGUCGAGGUCCACUCAGCCUUCCAUCCAUCCGUGGUCAGUAAAAUGAGUACCCAGCAUAUGCUGGGGGGUAAAGAAAGGCCGGGGAAGGAACUGGCAAUCCCACCCCAUAUAUACGGUCUGCCUAGUAAACGUCGCAAGACGUCACCCUAAGAGUCGGAAACGACUCGCACUACAAGUGCGGGGACACCUUUACCUUUUUAAAUAGCUGUCCAGGGUUUCAUGCAGGAAUUCUUUUCCUGCCUUAACUGGAGAUGCUCCUGGGGACUGAGGCCGGGAACUUCUGCAUGCAAAGAAGAUCCUCCACCACUGGGCUAUGCCCCUCCCCAAAAUAAAGAUCCUAAUCCUCAUGCCUGUGAAAAGAAUUCAGUAAAUAGAAGCCAUCUUGCUCAGUCCUGUAGCAGCUCUCUGGCAUUUCGGGCAGGUGUUUCUUCCGUAGCCCUGCCUGGUUUCAGUUCUUGCAGCCUGAGGAUUUGGAGAGGCCACUUAGGGCAGUGAGGUCAACUCUAUGCCCUCCUGACCCCUGCCCAUCACGGCUGGUAAAAUCUUCGAGGAAGGCAUGCAUCCAGGGAGUGGUCAAUGCCACAUUAUGAAAGGGACUUUUGAAAUUGGACUCGUGGGGGUGACAUGGAUCUUAAGAACAUAAGAAGAGCCUGCUGGAUCAGGCCAGUGGCCCAUCUAGUCCAGCAUCCUGUUCUCACAGUGGCCUACCAGGUGCCUGGGGGAAGCCCGCAAGCAGGACCCGA